CGUGGGAGGAGUCCCCACCCUCCCUCAGUCACUCAAUCAGUUUUUACACGCUGUUGCUUGCAGCCUUCUCCAUAAUGCGUGGGUGAAAGCAGAAGGAGGAUGAGAAGAGAGGAGAGGUGGGAACUGCAGCUGCCUAGCAGGGAUUGAGGGCGCAAGAAUGCCCUGUGAGACACUGUGGAGGCUCCGCCACAUUUAUGCGCGCAAAAAAGUGAUUUGCUGUGAGGAAAUUUGAAGAAGAAUCUUGGUGUUAGGAGUCAUCUUCUUGGCGGAGAAAGAAAAGUUUGCCUUAGAAGGACUCAUCAUUAUCCAGCAGAGAUGAGAUUGAAUUUUUCUACGAGUUGGAUAUUCCGAGGUUGGAUAACGUGUGUACUCGUCACCUUUUAUGCACAGAAUGCGGUCUCCAAAUCUCUCCAGUGUGAUGAAACACAUUACCUAAAAGGCUCCAGAUGCUGCAAGAAGUGUGAACCAGGCUUCCGUGUGUUUUCUGACUGCAAUGAUUCCCACCAGACUAAAUGUAUUAAAUGUAAUCGUGAUGAAUACCAGCCCGGCUUGACUGAAGAAAAGCGCUGUCUCCAGCAGAAGUUCUGUGACCCAAUUAAGGGUUUUGUGGAGAGCCUUGAAAACCCUGUGGCAGAAGAGCCGUGUCAUUGCCAACUGCACCUCCAAUGCUAUCCCAUCAACUGUGAGUUCUGUGAGAGAAUACCCACCUGCGGUGCUGGAUAUGGACUUGAGGUGGAUCCUGAGUCUACUAAUGGAAGGAAGAUCUGUGUUGCAUGUAAGAAAGGCUUCUUCUCUGUUGACAACAAUGGCGAGCAAUGCAAACAAUGGACUAAUUGUAAGGCUGAGGGCAGGCGUGAGACACAUCCAGGCAGCGCUCAGGCUGAUGCAGUGUGUGGACAACCUGUGUCUGGUGCAGCGCACUCCUGGGUCAUAGUUUCAGUUCUGUCAGUCAUCACUGUUCUGUGUCUCCUCAUCCUGCUCCUCUUCUGCUACAAGGACAAACUGAAAUUACUCUCUGUAAAUAUGCGAUCCUGUGUUCAGAAUCUGAAGAGGACUAGGAUACAGCAGGAAACCUUGGCCCCUCUUUACCAUAGCGGAGGUCCCAGGUGUACACCAUGUGAGAUGACCAAACUCAUCUGCCAAGCACCACACAACCCCACAGAUGAGCCCACAUGCACAUUCCCUACCUCUGUUCCAAAUGUCAAGGUCUCACUGCCAUUCAAAGGGGAAAUCACAGAGAAAGAAGGAACCAACAGGAAGACACUGGUGGAGGAUCAGAGUGAAGGGUCUGGAGAACCAGAGGAGGUGUCAGAAGAAGAGGAGGUUCUGAGUGUCUCUCCUCUUUUGGCAGGUUCUUGUGUUUGUGUCAUUCCUGUUCACGAGCCACUGGAAGUAGGGGAGAAUGAGGACUGUAGCCAGGCUGUCAGCCCUGGGACUCCAGGAACCUGCUCUUGUGGAGGGCUAGAUGGAGAACGGGAUGGAGAUGAGAGUGGGAAAGAAGAGAAGAGUGAGAGUGUAAGAGCAGACAAUGGUAGAGAAAAGAAUGAUGGAAAUCAAGAAAAUAUAGUUUUGUGCAAGAGUGAAACAGGUGCUGCAUCUCUUGUCUCUCUUUCUCUUCCACUCCUCCAAACCUCUUCUGUAGUCCCUCCAUCCAGUCCACUUCCUGAACUCUGCCUUCCAUUGUCCCAAGCUCUGGUGUCCCUGGAGUUCAAACCUUACCUGACUGAACGGUUACCUGUAAAGCAGGAGCAAUUAUACAGACUGGCAUGCAUGGACUCCACCUCAACAGAGAAUAGUACAAUCUCUGUGAUGAACUCAGUCAGCCCCUUAAUGACUUCCUCAUGUGUUGGAGAUCUUUACCUGGACAAGUCUCCUGAGACCUCUAGCCCGGAGCAAAGCCAGGGACUUUCCUGGGAGGACAGUAGUGGAAACAAGCUCUCCUCUGGGGAGUCUGAACUGGAGUGCUCACCUGAGAGCCUCCACAGUCAGCUGGCUGAACCAACUUUUACCUCAGGCCAGGUAUCGGGGAACCACAACACCACCUUCAUCUCCAGUGGUCAGGUGAUGAACUUCAGUGGGGACGUCAUUGUUGUUUAUGUUAGCCAGACAUCUGUUGGCAGUGACAGGGCAGGACAGGACGAUGCCUUUGGAAGCCCUGUGCAGGAAGAGGCCAAUGAGACAGCUCCAUUUUUCCAGAGCAGCCUGAGGUCACAAGGGGAUUCCAUUUCCCACAUCACAUUGCAAGAAGAGACACUACUAGUCCAAGAAGUGAUGGAGGAGCAGCCACUGGGAAACUGAAAAGUGACCAAUGGCUGUUAUAUUUGUUAGUCCAGUGAUCAUCUCGAUAACUCUCAGAUAGACAUUGUGAAAAUGAUCUGAUAUCUGCUCAUUUCUGUUGGUCUUAGCUCCCAAUGAAAUUAUGAAAAUCAUUUAAAAAAUAGCAUCUGUCCUACCAUACCAGCUUUUCAUAUAAGGCUUUCAAUUAAAAUGAAGCUGAUCCAUCAGUUGACUGAGGAAGCAACUUUAGCCAUGUGAAGCUAUUAGUCUAUGCCGGUGUAAAUUUUUGGAAUGUAAUCUACAAUAACUUGUCCUAUAUCACACAUAAGUCACUGAAUGUUCCCUCAGGCAUCUGUAACAUACCUUUUUUCAAUAUCCAGUGGAAAGCUGCAGGCUUUUUCAAAUGGAAACUCCCUUCAUUCCAGACAGUGAUGGGGAAUUUUGUUGGGAAUUGGAUGUGAAACUAGAGUUCAGACUGGAAGAACGUCAUGUUUUUAUGGUUGUAUGGAAAUUGCAGCUGGGUCUUAAUACAAAGGAGUUACUACAUCUCCCAUUCCCUACCUUUCAUCAUUAAAUACCCCAGCUUAAAGUCAGUACACUCCUAGUCUUUAACUAUUCAAAAUUUGACAUUUGGAUGAUUUCAGCACUUUCCUUACAUAACAAAAUAUCCACCAUGUGGAAAUAAUUGUCUUUGCUGUCACAAAACCAUGCCAUGAAAGUAAAUAUUUUUAUGGAAGAAAAUUCAAUCUACUAGCUACUUAAGAUCAGGCAGUGUUGAAUCAAAGUUUUUAAAAUAAAAAAAAAAUAGUAAUGAGUUUUAAGCAUUUCACUGAACUGACUUUUUUGUGGUUUGCAGGGUCUAGCAAAAGCUGUUCUACAGAAAAGACACAUCCAGUUUGGUACAAUGCUUGUUUAUCCUGUAUGUAGACCUAAAUAUUCUUUUUAUUUUAUUCUUUAUUUCAUUCUC